GAGUGAAGCGGAGCCGAGCAUCACAGCUCCGCAUUCAAGGAAACACCAGCGCGGCGCUUCUCUGUUUCUCCCUCUCCACCAUGUUCCAGCCUCCGUGCGCCCAUCGUCUCCGGUGAGAAGCGGCGGAUAGACGCGGGUGUGGGUCCCCGUGGAGGCCGCUUGUCUGUGACGAGGAGCUGGGGAAUCUCUGGCCGGCCAAAGGAAGGGAGAACCCCCACCCCCACCACCCCCACCUCCUCAAUUGUUUCCUGCGCCAAGAAGAACUGUAAAGACAUGGUCAUCACCCCGCGGCUGUGAUGAACAGCGAGCAGUGAGAGUGAGGACGUAUCAGACGAUGCCCCUGAUCUGCUGGGCCCAGUGCUGAGGGAGGUCCACAGAGUCAAACUGGUCGGUGCCCACCAUGUCUUACCACCAACACUACCAGCGAGGCCUCCACGGCCGCACCAUGAGCUCUGAGGAGAGGAGCGCCAUGCCAGUCAACAAGAUGACUUCCACGCCAGUUCACAAGAGCGCCUCCUCCUCUUCUUCUUCCCAGCGCGACAGCCGGCAGGAGGCUGACAGCUGGGAAAUCAUCGAAGGGUUGAAAAUCGGUCAGAGCAACGUCCAGAGGCCAGAUAAACACGAGGGUUUUAUGUUGAAGAAGCGGAAAUGGCCCCUGAAAGGCUGGCACAAGCGGUUUUUUGUUCUGGACAAUGGUAUCCUGAAGUACUCAAAAUCCCCCAUUGAUAUCCAGAAAGGCAAACUACAUGGCAGCAUUGACGUCGGCCUCUCCGUCAUGUCAAUCAAAAAACGAGCCCGUCGCAUUGACCUGGACACCGAGGAGCAUAUCUAUCACCUGAAGGUCAAAUCUCAAGAAAUCUUUGACGUCUGGGUUUCCAGGUUGCGUCAUCACCGACUCUACAGACAGAAUGAGAUUGUGCGAUCUCCCCGUGAUGCCACCAUUCGAGCAUUUCCUCCCCCAGUUGCCAUUGAGUCUCCCCAACCUGCUGCGAGCGUGGUCCAUGAAGCAAAGCAGGCCAAACCGAGCAGCUUGCCCUGGCAGCCAGGGGCCCCCAACAACAACAGCAACAGCAGCCUGCCUGCCUCCUACAGUAACGGCCAGAGCAAGGUGGUUGCUUGGCUGCAGGAAUCAGAGGAGAUGGACAAGUGUGCAGAGGAGCUCGCUCGAUGCCACUCGAACCUGACAGAGCUGAGCCGGUUACUGCAGAGCCUGGAGAUUCUGCAAAGGACUCAGUCAGCACCCAACUUCACAGAUAUGCAGACCAAUUGUGUAGAAUUGUCAAAGAAAGAAAAGCGCUUGAACAGAAGAUGGAGAACAAAAAGUGUUGGCAAAGACGCAAAAUUCCAGCUUCAGGUCCCUCUGUCUGCCAGCAUGUCCCCUGUCCGCCUCCACUCAUCCAAUCCCAACCUGUGUGCCGAGCUAGUGGACUUUCAGCCCCCCGUCUCCCGGCUGACCGACAGCGUUGAGUGUGCCAGCGACUACAUUAAACUUCAGGAGGAAUUCUGCACCAUCGCACAGAAAGUCCACUCUCUGUUGAAGUCGGCCUUCAACACUGUGGCCAUAGAGAAAGAGAAGAUCAAACAGAUCCUGUCUGACCAGGAACAGUCGGAUCAGUCGACGCAGAUCAACUCUCUCAGGAAGUCUCUGUCACAGGCCCUGUCCCAAAACGCAGAGCUUCGAACUCGACUCAGCCGCAUCCACUCUGAAUCUGUCCUGACUGAACAAGUUGUCAGUGUGAACAUAAUCUCCACGCCUGACGAGGCCGUGGAACAGAUGGGGAUCCCUCUGACUCAGCAGGCCUCUAAUGAGAGCCGACUCUCCAUGUCAGAGUCUGUCUCUGAGUUCUUUGACGCCCAAGAAGUGCUUCUGUCAGCCAGCUCGUCGGAGAAUGAGGGCUCAGACGAUGAGUCAUAUGUCAGCGAUGUGAGCGAUAACAUUUCCGAGGACAACGCCAGUGUGACUGAUAACGUCUCCAGACAAAUGGCCAAUGGAGACUUUGCUGGCAGUGCCUUCCGCAACGGGCGACGCACCUGCCUGCCGGCGCCGUGUCCCGACACCAGCAACAUCAACCUCUGGAACAUCUUGAGAAACAACAUCGGUAAAGAUCUGUCCAAAGUGUCCAUGCCAGUGGAGCUCAACGAGCCCCUCAAUACCCUGCAGCGCAUGUGUGAAGAGCUGGAGUACAGCGAGCUGCUGGACAAGGCUGCAGAGACAGAGGACCCCUUCGAACGCAUGGUUCUUGUUGCCGCUUUUGCCAUCUCAGGCUACUCGUCCACUUACUAUAGAGCAGGAAGUAAGCCAUUCAACCCUCUGCUCGGAGAGACUUAUGAAUGUAUUCGUGAAGACAAGGGCUUCUGUUUUUUCUCGGAACAGGUGAGCCACCACCCUCCCAUCUCCACCUCUCACUGUGAGUCCAAGAACUUCACCCUCUGGCAAGAUGUGAGAUGGAAAAACAAAUUCUGGGGAAAGUCGAUGGAGAUUUUACCAAUAGGGAGCGUGAACCUCAUGAUUCCCAGGUUUGGCGAUCACUACGAGUGGAACAAAGUCACCACCUGCGUACACAACAUCCUUAGCGGACGACGGUGGAUCGAACAUUACGGAGAGAUCACCAUCAGAAACACAAAGAGUAGCGCCUGUCUCUGCAAACUCACCUUUGUCAAGGGAAACUACUGGAGUUCUAAUGUGAACGAGGUUCAAGGAUUUGUGAUGGAUCAAGAAGGGAAAGUGAUUCACAGGCUUUUUGGGAAAUGGCACGAGGGCCUUUACUGCGGUGUCCCACCUUCUGCCAAAUGCGUCUGGAGGCCAGGCUCCAUGCCCACAGACUACGAGCUGUACUACGGCUUCACCAGGUUCGCUAUUGAACUGAAUGAGCUUUGCCCCGAGUUAAAGGAUGUUUUGCCGCGUACAGAUGCCAGAUUCAGGCCCGAUCAAAGGCAUCUUGAAGAAGGGAACUUGGAGAUGGCGUCCUCAGAGAAGCAGCGUAUAGAGGACAUGCAGAGAGCCCGGCGGAAGUGGACCGAUGAGAACGAAAUCAAACAGGAGCCGCGCUUCUUCAAGAAAGUGGUUGAUGCAAACCACAGGGAGAGGUGGGUCUCCAACAACACGUACUGGGAGCUGCGCAAAAACCCCGGCUUCAUCAACAUGGAAUCCACAGUGAACCUGUGGUAGCAAACGGAUUAUAUGGUCCCUCAUACCAUCAUCACACACAGGAAGGCUGUUACCUAUGCACAAUAAGGUGUGAAGAGAAACGUGUGACGGAUAAAACAUCGGUGUGCAUGGAGAGGAGCGGCUGCAGAGCUGGACGAUGGCCCGGUGUCCAGCGACCCUGUCGGGCUUCUGUGGUGCUCGGUCAUCCACCCAUGGAAACAUCCAGUAGGAUCUCCUUCAUCGUGCUUCUCCGUGCUGGGUUGUCAGGGCAACAAUCGUAACACUUCUAUGUAGAUCUUUUCCUCAGCUCCUUUGUUGUCUGAGUAUGUCCUUGCCUUAAAACGACACGUCACACGAUUUAGCGCGUUUUAGUUAAAGCCAUUCUGACAGCCGUUUGGGUUAGACUAGUCUCUGAAGUAGACGUUUUGAUUACCUACAAUACUGUGCAUGUUUAGAGAGCAGCUUUCACUGGCGUAAAGCCGCAUUUACUGUUUCAUCGAUUAUUGUAGAAAAAAAGAGGUAUUUUUAUAAAAUAUCUUGGACUCAGAAUUUAGUGUAAAAGUACUAUGGGAAUUGGCAGAUUUUAUUUAUUCUUGCCUUUUAAUACUGUUGAAUCUGUGUGAUAGCAGUACUGUCUCUCGGGAAGCAGCCCAUUUACAUUUUGAACCUCCCCUCCCUCCCCCAACUCGGCCGAGCCUCGCUUCAGUCAUCACUCCUUGCCCUCCCCUGUCCCAUGGUCUAAUUAAAAAACACAGUCAUGAAACCAUCGUAUGGUUGCACAAUUACUUACAUACAUCACUCCCUCUGCAGUCAGCAUGUCUUCUGAAUGUGGUGCAGUAAAUGUUUCCAUCCGUGAAUUAUACUGCAAGUUUCAUAGUAAUCCGUUUGGUAUUUUCUGUGUAAUCCUUCGAACUGGAAACACAACCUCCUUGGCGGUAAACAGAAGGGCGACUGGAGAGAGCAUUCCUCUACCAAGGCUAAUGCCUUCUCUCUGUAUAUGAAUACAUAUCUCAGUACUGUUAUAGAGUUGAGUAAUCCUACCAAUGAAUAAACAGUCAAACAAGUGCAGAUGAACACAUGAUAAAUAUAAAGGGAAGUGGUCUGAUAUCCUAAAUUAUUUAUUUGUCAUAAAACAUUGUCCUAAAUAGUGAAAAGUUAAGAUAUGUGCAUUGUUCCUUGAAAAAACCAUAAACAUGUUGAAAAAUGCUCCAUGUUUUAAUGUUGAAGAGAAAAAAGAAUCCUACAUCUGCCCCUUAAUCCUCAUCAGAACCAAAAGAUAUUGGUUCCCUCCCACACGCCAACUACUUUAGUAGUGUUUGCAUAAUUCAGCUUUUAAACAAACAAACAGAUACAGUUGAAAACAUAACCUAUAUAAUGGAGGUUUAAAGAAAAUAUGUAUUUCCAUUAUGUGAAGCAGUUUUCCAAAUGAACGUCCUUGUUCUGACUUACAACCAAAACUCUUUAUAUGUUCUGGAACAAAGAAAAGUAGUAAAUCCUACCAGCAAAUGUUGUUUUUCCAGAUCACCAACAUUACUAUUUAGUUAUCAAACAGUUUUCUUGUGAUUGAUUAAUUAACGAAUCAGUUAAAUAUGUCAGUGAGUCACCUGCACAGCAACGAAACACCAGAGACACCUACAGGUCAUCGUAUGAAAAUGCAGCUUCAGGAAACAAGGAUACUUCUGUACAGUAACAAUGAAAAUACUGAACCAGCUUUAAAGCUUUGAUCGUAAUGUGUCUGAUUCCCCAGAGACUUGACUGCUAUGGUGGUUCUGCAAAGCACCAGUUACUUAUUUCUAUAUUUAUUGCAAAGCAAAUUAGCUUUAACACUUUUGUGUUAUAGAGUAAGAAAAUAUACCGCAGGGUUUUAGAUUGAAACCCCAACACACGCGAGUGGCCACACGUUCUCCGCGUGUCCGGGAGCUCAUGCCUCGUUCAGGACUGCAGGCUGACGGCGUGAAAAUAUAAAUAUGUAGAGUGAAAACUAUGUGAAGCAAAUCCAUCCUGUGUGCACUGUUCACAUGGUACUGUAGAUUACAAAACCAAAAACAUGUUACUGCUUUGCACCCAUAGACUUUUUUCUUUAAGUAUGAAAAUGUGCUUUUAAUUUGAUCCCAGGUCACAAACUCCAAUGCUACAACUCAUCAGUUUCACUCGCUGUGCCUUAACGCAUUUUAUUAAUGCCUCACAAACACACUGCUGAUGAGAAGCCCCCCCCCCACACACACACGCCAAGAAUAAGGCCCGCCAGUAACAAAUCCGACUCGGCCCAUUCUCCACCUGCCUGCACACGAUCGAGUAUAUCAAGGAGUUAGCUGUUCACAGAUGUUCCCCACUGCUCCACCUAAUCAGUACUUUUCUUGGCGAUCACUGUAAAUACAGCACAUUUUAGAAGAAGAUGGGUGAGGACUGUCAGAGACGAUUCCUCCUACAUCUGCUGAUUUAUUUUUAAUGAGACUGAAUCUCAGCGGUUGUGAGUGGAGGCGAUGAUUAGUAGUGUUUGAGUCAUAGUGUCAGACUGUAGUGAAAAAGAAAACAAAAAAAAUCUAAAAAAUCGUGAAAUCUUUUCAUGCUUUCUUUGUCCAUUAUUCAACCUGCAUGUCUAGACAACUUAGCCUGCCAAUGAAUGUUGCAGAUGCCUUAGAAAAAAGACGUUUUUCUUUUUCCAAUUGGACUCUCAUGUUUUUUUUGAAUUAGUUUCGGACUGACAUGUAUCACAGUUUUUUUUUCAAUCUUUUCAAUCCUAAUGGGUACCUUCUAAAGUGCAAUUUUAACAAAGUACAUAUCUUUCCAUGAACACCGUACACUGCUGCUACAUAGUGCUUGUUCUAAUAAAACUGUAAAACAAU